AUGAAAUCAGGUGCAGCAUUCACAUUCCAAGUGAUCAUCUCUUACCUACUCCUUGCAAUAACAACAUCUGUUGCGGGUGAGAACGAAGCAGUUCUUGAUUUCUACGGGAAACCAGUAAAGGCCAACGUUCCUUACUACGCCGGCUUCGUGUCAACACCAGCAUUCCUUACACGUUACGGAUUAGACGAGCCAGGGUCAUGCCCCGAAGGCGUGGUAUUCUCCUUUGAUUCAAACUUAGUACCACCACGUAUACCAAUUAUAUUUGUAUCAUCAUCAUCAUCAGAUGUCAUACGAGUAUCGACAGAAGUUAGCAUUAAGUUCGCACUUCCAAGUGAAUGUGACGAAUCCGGGGUUUGGAGAGUUACUGAUUACGCCGAGGACAACGACGAAGUACUCCUGACAGGAUCGGAAUCAACUGAUGAUAGUAUGUUCACCAUUGAAAAGUUUCACAAGUCAUACAAAUUUGCUUUUAAAAGUGUUGAGAUGGGUAUGUUUAAGGAAAGCUCUCAUGUAUGGAGACUGAAACUACGGUGGCUAGGAUUGAAGAGGGAACUUGACGUUGACGACAAGGUCAUGGAGUUGGAUGUCUCUUUCUUCCCAGUUAUGAAUAAGACAUAUUCUGCUUUUACUAGCUAG